UUCAUCAAACACAUGCAUGGAUGCAGACUCCUCAUUAGAGCUGGAUAACUCUAUUUCCGGCCACCAUCCACAUUACACCACUCCCCUAGAAGGUUCAACGCGAUAUGGCUCCCGCUCAUUCACCCCGAUUAGCACCGCUCACUCGAGAACUCCCAGGAGGUCUCGCCACGCCACUCCAUCUACACCGUCGGACAAUGACACAUCGUGGCAAGGGGAGAUCUCCUGGCAGUUUGAGCCGAGAGGGUGGAAUGAAGCUCGCAACUUGGGCUCAGCUAUGAGUCCAUGGGCCACCGAGAGCAUGUCCUCACGGCAGGCCCAACGAGCCCACCGGUCAGCAAAUUACUACUACCUCUCCCGCACCAUUGGCGGGUUUCGUACCUCAACAAGCCAAUAUUACAGUGCGUCCUCCAACAAUGGUGCUGCGACAGAUGGGAGGCUUGAGCUUAAAAGCUACAUUGCUAGGGACAAUGAAAGCUCAGGUUUUGGGAGGAGUAGUUACAGUUAUGGGGAGCAGAGUAAACCCUUCAAAGCAGUUACUCCAAGGUUGGAAGGUAUCAAAGAAGCUAGGAGUGGAAAUUUCAGUUGCAGUGGCCCUUUGGCUAAGAAAGAUGUGCUUGGUUUAAUUAAUCAUCAAACAGCAGAAGAUGAUGAAGAUGAAGAUACGAGUUUGGAUCAUAGUGGACACCAUGGUCAUGGACACGGCUUAUCGCGUUUUGGCCAUGACCCUGGUGGCCAAUAUCUUGAUCAUGGUCAUAGGUCAUCCCACAAAGGGCAUGAUCAUGGGUUAUCAACCAUGGAUCAUCAUGGUGCCCAUGGCUUGUCACCAAUGGGGCACUAUGGCCAUAGUGGGGUGCCAUCACAGAGCCAUGGGGUGUCACCAAUUACUAGUCAUUUUAUUGAUGAUGACAGUGAUGAUGAUGAGGGUGAGGAUGAUGCAAGACCAGUGAAGCAAGUUGGGUUGUUUAGCUUGUUCAAGUAUUCAACAAAAUGGGAUAUGUUUCUUGUGUUUUUGGGCUGUGUGGGUGCUCUUAUUAAUGGAGGGUCUCUUCCUUGGUAUUCUUAUUUUUUUGGAGUGUUUGUGAAUAAGAUUGCUAUAGAAUCACUGGAAGCUGACAAACAACCUAUGAUGAGAGAUGUAGAGAGGGUAUGCCUGUUUAUGACUGGAUUAACUGCAAUAGUAGUAGUUGGAGCAUAUAUGCAAAUCACUUGUUGGAGAAUGGUGGGAGAGAGAUCUGCUCAGAGAAUUAGAACAGAAUAUCUAAGAGCAGUUCUACGACAAGACAUUACCUUUUUUGAUACUGAAAUUGGUGCUGGAGAUAUCAUGCAUGGAAUUUCAAGUGAUGUUGCUGCAAUCCAAGAAGUUAUGGGUGAGAAGAUGGCACAUUUCGUUCACCACAUAUGUACCUUCACAUGUGGAUAUGCAGUUGGAUUCAUAAGAUCCCCGAAAAUAUCUCUAGUAGUCUUAUCAGUCGUACCACUGAUGAUGUUUUGUGGUAUCGCUUACAAGGCUGUUUAUGUUGGCCUAACCACAAAAGAAGAGGCUUCUUAUAGGACAGCUGGUAGUGUGGCCGAGCAAGCUAUCAGUUCAAUCAGAACCGUGUUUUCGUUUGUUGCGGAGGAUCAUUUGGCUGAAAAGUAUGCUGCAUUACUUGCCAACUUGGUGCCUUUUGGAGCAAAAGUUGGCUUUGCUAAGGGUGCAGGAGUCGGAGUUAUCUACCUUGUUACUUAUUCUACAUGGGCAUUGGCCUUUUGGUAUGGUUCUAUUUUGGUUGUUAAGGGUGAGAUCUCUGGAGGUGAUGCCAUUGCUUGCUUCUUUGGUGUAAAUGUCGGAGGAAGGGGCUUGGCAUUGUCACUGUCAUACUUUGCUCAGUUCGCACAAGGCACCGUGGCAGCAGGCCGAGUAUUUGAAAUUAUAGAUCGAGUUCCACAAAUAGAUCCCUACAGCCCAGUAGGUAGGCAACUAUCAAAUGUAAAAGGACGGAUUGAAUUUAAAGGCAUUUCAUUUGCAUACCCUUCUCGCCCUGAUGCUCCAAUUCUUCAUUCGCUUAAUCUGGUCAUUCCAUCUUCAAAGACACUAGCACUGGUUGGCGCUAGUGGUGGUGGAAAGUCUACGAUCUUUGCUCUUAUAGAGAGAUUCUAUGAUCCUACCAAAGGUACAAUUACAUUGGAUGGUCAUGACUUAAGGUCACUUCAGGUGAAGUGGCUAAGGGGUCAGAUAGGCAUGGUUGGUCAGGAGCCAGUGCUCUUUGCCACAAGUAUUUUAGAAAACGUGUUGAUGGGGAAAGAGAAUGCCACCAAGAAAGAGGCAAUUGCUGCCUGCAUUGCUGCCAAUGCUCACAGCUUCAUUUCUGGCCUUCCACAUGGCUAUGACACUCAGGUUGGGGACAGGGGAACUCUUCUCUCAGGUGGUCAGAAACAAAGAAUUGCAUUGGCUCGAGCGAUGAUCAAGAACCCUAGAAUCCUUCUCUUGGAUGAGCCUACUAGUGCCUUAGACCCUGAAUCCGAGACUAUAGUCCAACAGGCUAUAGACAAAAUAUCCUCAGGCAGAACAACUAUUGUAAUUGCUCACAGGCUAUCAACUGUAAGAAAUUCUCAUGCCAUUGUUGUUCUUGAUGGUGGCUCUGUCAUUGAGAUUGGUAACCACCGCCAGCUCAUGGAAAAAGGCGGGGCUUAUUAUAGCCUUGUUGAGCUUGCUUCUGAUGGAGUGACACAAGUCACACAACCUUCUUCGAAACAAUAUGAUACUCGAAUUGGCACUCAUAUUUCUGAGUAUGUCAAAUCAGCUUAUGAUUUAUCAAAACCAACAUUCAUGCAAGAUCGAAACCAAAUAGAGGAGAAAGAGGUCCAAAAACCAAAUACAAGAAAGGUUCAGCUUUCAGAUAUAUGGUUGUUGCAGAGGCCUGAGCUCCCAAUGCUGUUGGUUGGAAUUCUAUUGGGCAUGCAUGCAGGUGCAAUUCUAUCUAUCUUUCCUUACAUUCUAGGCCAAGCACUUGAAAUAUAUUUUGGUAAAGAUCCAUCAAAGAUCAAAGAACGAAUCGCGCCACUUUGUUUAGUACUUGUUGCGCUUGGCUUUGGGAAUAUACUCUUCAUGACAGGACAACAAGGCUUGUGUGGCUGGGCCGGAACAAAGCUCACAAUGAGAGUGAGAAACCUGCUUUUCCGUUCCAUUCUCAAACAAGAACCUGGUUGGUUUGAUUUGGAAGAAAAUUCAAGAGCAGUACUGAUCUCAAGGAUCACAAUGGACUCUGUGCUUUUUCGUGCUGUCCAUGUUGAUCGAUUAUCAGUCAUGUUUAUGGGGUUGAGUUCAGCUAUGGUUGGAUUGGGUAUAUCCUUUUGCCUUGAAUGGAGGCUAACUCUUUUGGCUGCUGCUCUCACUCCUUUCACUCUUGGUGCAAGUUACUUGACAUUGAUCAUAAAUAUGGGGCCUAAACUUGACAAUGAUGCUUAUGCCAAAGCUAGCAAUAUUGCUUCGGGUGCAGUUUCAAACGUAAGGACAGUUGCAACAUUUUCUGCUCAAGACCAGUUGAUCAAGUCCUUCGAUAGUGCUUUAUCAGAGCCGAAGAGGAAAUCAAUGAGAAGAUCACAGAUAAUGGGCCUAGCACUCGGUUUCUCACAAGGUUUUAUGUAUGGGGCAUACACCUUAACUCUGCUGUAUGGUGCUUACCUUAUGAAAGAAAACAUAACAAAUUUUGGUGAUGUAUACAAGAUCUUUCUCAUUCUUGUUCUGAGCUCAUUUUCUGUUGGACAAUUAGCCGGUCUUGCACCUGAUACAUCCAUGGCUGAUACAGCAAUUCCAGCAGUUUUUAAAAUCAUGACUCGCAAGCCAUUGAUCAGCAGCGGCAAAGGAAAAGACAAGAAGAUUGAACGGUCGAAGCUUUUAGAUAUCAACUUCAAAAUGGUGACAUUUGCAUAUCCAUCAAGGCCUGAGGUAACUGUUUUAAAGGAGUUUUCCCUCAAGAUCAAAGGUGGUAGCACAGUGGCAUUGGUGGGUGGAAGUGGAUCAGGAAAAUCAACUGUCAUAUGGUUAAUACAAAGGUUUUAUGAUCCAAAUCAAGGGAAGGUAUUAAUGGGGGGAGUGGAUUUGAGGGAGAUUGAUGUGAAGUGGUUAAGAAGGCAAACAGCUUUAGUGGGUCAAGAGCCUACACUGUUUGCUGGCACAAUAAGAGAGAACAUUGCUUUUGGUAACCAGGAUGCUUCAUGGGCUGAAAUUGAAGAUGCUGCAAGAGAAGCUUACAUUCACAGCUUCAUUAGUGGCCUCCCUCAAGGCUAUGAAACUCAGGUUGGCGAGAGUGGGGUUCAGCUAUCUGGAGGGCAGAAGCAAAGGAUUGCCAUAGCAAGAGCUAUACUAAAAAGAUCAAAAGUACUACUUCUAGAUGAAGCAAGUAGUGCACUAGAUUUGGAAUCUGAGAGACAUAUACAAGAUGCACUUAGAAAAAUCAGCAAAAGAGCCACGACAAUCAUAGUCGCUCACCGGCUUUCUACUAUCAGGGAAGCUGAUAUGAUAGCAGUCAUGAAAGAUGGUGGCAUCACCGAAUAUGGGAGCCAUGAUACACUCAUGAGUUCUCAUCUUAAUGGCGUGUAUGCUAGCCUGGUACGUGCAGAAACCGAAGCCAAUGCAUUUGCUUAAGCCUUCCAGGGCUUUUUGAGUGGAGAAUCCUUUUGUAAUUGCUUGUAGUUAUAGAGAACUAGAGUCC